CCGCGGAGCGCUCGGCGCAAGGCCCUCGGGGCCGGGCGCUGCGGGUGAGGAGCGAGCGGGCCGGAGGGCGCGGGGCUCCGGGCCUUGGGUUUGCCUGUACGAGCCCGAAGGUGGUGUCUCCGUAGUGGGAAACUUGUGGUUUGGUCUGAGAAGGCCGAGAUUAAAAGCUCUAAAUCGGGCUGUUUGCGGGGUUCUCUGACCGCGCAGAGGUAUCCAGCAGUCAACUUUCUCUAUUACACUAUGAUGUCUUUAACACUGUUUGUCCUGAAAACACGAUAAAUAAACCUAACUUCUAAAUACUUAAGAAGUGGUUUCCUCUGGAUUUUGAAACAAAAUUGUGGGUUUAUAUGGAAGAAAUGCUGCGACUGUUCUCAAACUCUAUUACAGACUGAUUUCAAUUGUUGCAUCAUAUUUUGUUGAGUAACAGAAGUUCUGCUCCUUAUUGAUCAAUGUGACAGUGUUCAGUAGUUUACGAGAUGAGCCAAACUCGUGGGAAGUAUGACUUCUGUAUUGGUCUGGUGUUGGCUAUGAGUUCCAGCAUUUUCAUUGGAGGAAGUUUCAUCCUGAAAAAGAAAGGUCUCCUUCGGUUAGCCAGGAAAGGCUCCAUGAGGGCAGGUCAAGGUGGUCAUGCAUACCUUAAGGAAUGGCUGUGGUGGGCUGGACUUCUUUCAAUGGGAGCUGGAGAAGUAGCGAACUUUGCUGCCUAUGCUUUUGCACCAGCUACGUUAGUGACUCCUCUAGGAGCUCUCAGUGUUCUUGUAAGUGCCAUUCUGUCAUCCUUCUUUUUAAAUGAAAAACUUAAUUUACAUGGAAAAAUUGGAUGUUUGUUAAGUAUACUGGGAUCAACUGUGAUGGUAAUUCAUGCUCCACAAGAGGAAGAAGUAGAAACUUUGGAUGAAAUGUCUCACAAACUAGGUGAUCCAGGUUUUGUGGUCUUCGCAACGCUGGUUGUCAUUGUGUCUUUAAUUCUAAUAUGUGUGGUGGGACCUCGCCAUGGACAGACCAACAUUCUCGUAUACAUAACAAUUUGCUCUGUAAUUGGAGCCUUAUCAGUCUCCUGUGUCAAAGGUCUGGGCAUCGCUAUAAAGGAACUUUUUGCAGGAAAACCAGUGCUGAAACAUCCCUUGUCUUGGAUUCUGCUGCUAAGCCUUACUGUCUGUGUGAGCACGCAGAUCAACUAUUUAAACAGGGCUCUGGAUAUAUUCAACACUUCAAUAGUGACUCCAAUAUAUUACGUAAUCUUUACAACAUCUGUUUUAACUUGUUCUGCCAUCCUUUUCAAGGAAUGGCAACACAUGGCGGCUGAUGACAUUAUCGGCACCUUCAGCGGCUUCCUGACUAUUAUUGUGGGGAUCUUUUUAUUGCAUGCCUUCAAAGAUGUUAACUUCACCCUAGCAAACCUGCCCCUCUCUCUGCGGAAGGAUGAUAGAGCAGCAAAUGGCACUCUGCUGAGCGCAUAUGACAGCUUUAAUGAUGAUGAAGAAAGUUCUGCCUGCCUAGGUGAAAUGCAAUCCAGUGAGAGUCUCUCAGCCAGGAGAAAUGGAAGCCUGUCAGCCUUCUGAAAAUAUCUACAUGUUACUUAAGAAAAGAACAAUUCUGUAACCCUGGAAUUUUUUUUUUCUGCUGUGAAAUGUCUGAGCUUGUCUGGAAAUUCAUGUACUUUUUAACAGUAUGUGUAGACAAUCGUUGAUUUUUGAGUUCAAUUAGUUUGGAUAAAGAACACUGAAAUGUUUUUUAUUUGCCUUUUUUUUACUUUAAAAAGUACUAAAAUGACCUCAGACCACAAAUGGUUUUGUUGCUUAAGUUAUGUGUAAAUACUUUCAUUUCAUUCUUCUGUUUUUAAGAUGUAUUGCACUAAUUACAAUUUUAUCAAAAAUAAA